UGCCUCGGAGGCAGCAGGUGGGAGGACAAGGCAUUAGAGGCCAACGAGGGGACUGGACUAAUGACCUUUGAAGAACCAUUUCAGCUGAAAAGUUAGGCGAGCCUGUGACUGCUGGCCCUCAGUGGGCUCUGGGCACUAUGUGGCUGAACUCCCUCUUGGCUGCCCUGCUGCUGGCAGGCCCAGAAACCUUGUGUGCCCGGAGUGGCCGAAGUCGCCGGGAGUUGGCACCGGGCUUACACUCCAGGGGCAUCCGGGAUGCAGGUGGCUCCUACUGCCAGGCACGAGACCUCUGCUGCACAGGCCGGGAGGAUGACUGUACCAUGCCUUACCUGGGCACCCUCUGCUACUGCGACCUCUUCUGUAACCGGACUGUCUCAGACUGUUGCCCUGACUUCUGGGACUUCUGCCUGGGGGUCCCACCCCCUUUCCCUCUCAUCCAAGGGUGUAUGUAUCAGGGACGAGUAUACCCAACCCUUGGGACCUACCAAGACAAUUGUAACCGAUGCACCUGUAAGGAGGAUGGGGAGUGGGAGUGUGACCAGGAGCCCUGCCUGGUGAACCCGGAUCUGAUCAAUGCCAUCAACCUUGGCAACUACGGGUGGACAGCUGGGAACCACAGUGCCUUCUGGGGGAUGACUCUCGAUGAGGGGAUCCGCUACCGCCUGGGCACAGUCCGCCCCACCUCUUCCGUCAUGAACAUGAAUGAGAUACAAAUGGUCGGGUCACCAGGUGACACUCUUCCCUCAACCUUCAAUGCCUCUGAUAAGUGGCCUGGCCUGAUCCAUGAGCCCCUGGACCAGGGGAACUGUGCAGGUUCCUGGGCAUUCUCCACAGCAGCGGUGGCCUCCGAUCGCAUCUCCAUCCACUCCAUGGGUCAUAUGACCCCAGCCCUGUCCCCUCAGAACCUGCUGUCUUGUGACACCCACAAUCAGCAGGGUUGCCGCGGUGGGCGGCUUGAUGGGGCCUGGUGGUUCCUGCGUCGCCGUGGGCUGGUGUCCAAUCACUGCUACCCCUUCUCUGCGGGCGAUCAGGACGGGGCAGCUCCUGCAGCCCCGUGCAUGAUGCACAGUCGUCACAUGGGCCGGGGCAAACGCCAGGCCACUGCCCACUGCCCCAACAGCCGGGUCCACACUAACCACAUCUACCAGGCUACACCUCCUUAUCGCCUCUCCUCCCAUGAGGAAGACAUUAUGAAGGAGCUGAUGGAGAAUGGGCCUGUCCAAGCCCUCAUGGAAGUGCAUGAAGAUUUCUUUUUAUACAAGAGUGGCAUCUAUAAGCACACGCCGACCAGUCUGGGGAAGCCUGAGCGUUACCGCCAACAUGGGACUCACUCUGUCAAGAUCACGGGGUGGGGAGAGGAAAUUCAGCCCGAUGGACAGAAACUGAAAUACUGGACGGCAGCCAACUCAUGGGGCCCAACCUGGGGAGAGAAUGGAUACUUCCGAAUCGUCCGAGGGGCCAACGAGUGUGAUAUCGAGAGCUUUGUGGUGGGCGUGUGGGGUAGAGUUGGCAUGGAAGACAUGGGUCCGCACCACUGAGCCCCCCAGCCUUGGCCUUCCUGGAGCCCUCCGGGUCCUUCUCCUGGAUGAGGAUUUGGGCACCCUCCAAGAACUGCCUACCACCCAUCACCUGCUGCCCAGAUCCGGAGCCAUGGCCUACUGGUGCUAAGGAGUUUGUUCGAGUUGGGGUUCCGAUCCCACAGACUGCAGAGCUCCCGAUCCCUGCCCCUUCCCUGGCCAAAGGGAGGGGGAUCCAACCUGCUGAAACAGCAGUUCCCUUGAAGGCCCUCCACCCCCUCCCUCCUCCCCAAAUCCUGCCUUUCAACCUCAACGAAGCGUGAGUUGUCCCUAAUCCCUGCCUGCUGAUGCUGCAGUCCCAGGAGAAUAGGGCACGGGGUAAGGAAGUCAGAGGGGGACAGGAGGGCUUCUCAGAGGCCCCAGCACCUCCUCCCACUUCCUCUUUCCCAGGGACAUAAAGCAGAGGCUGCAGACCUGAUCCCCCCAGCCUCCUCUCUCAGGUCCCCUCACCCCUGCACCAGCCUCUCUCUCCUCUCAUUUUUUCCACUGCCCAGGAAGCCUGAAGAGCCAGGGCAAGCUUGGUGAGUGUCCAUGGGCGCUCUGGGGAGCCCCGGAGAGCACCCAGCUGGGCUUCCCCCAGCAGGAGAGGAGCCUGGGCUCCGGCCUGGGAUUCCUCCUCAGCCCCCUGCCUAGGCUGAUAUACCACUCUCCCUUUUCUCUUUCCUGUACUUUCAGCCUUGGAGAAUAUUUAUUUUGCUUAUUGACGGUUGUAAAUAAACCUGAUUCACACACAGCCUGCCUCCUGUGCUAGGCAGCACCUGGCUGGCCUGUUGCCUGCAGGGCCUUGGGCUCCAGUUCUCUGCCCAGGGUGUGUGGAAGGAGGGACCCACAAAACCCAACCACCUUACAGAGGACGGGUCAGACAGAAAUUCACUUCAUUCAACAUUUAUUUUAUUAAGCAACUCCUGUGCAGAGGAGGACCGCCCCAACCUCAAGGCAGGAGAAAAAGGAAUACACUCAGGGCAGCUAGGUGGCGCAGUGGAUAGAGCACUGACCCUGGAUUCAGGAGGACCUGAGUUCAAAUCCAGCCUCAGACACUUGAGACUUACUAGCUGUGUGAC